AUGGCAGACGAGCCGACCGUAGCGCUCACCGCCCGCGCCGAGUCGCCGUCGAGUAAGGACCGCGUCGUGCGCCGAUCCGGCUUCCAGGCGCCGUACUCGCGCGACCAAUAUGUAUCCUGCGCAGGCCAUCUCAUCUCGGCCACGGCGCUAUACGCCUGCCUUGUACUCAUGGUCGCGGUGCCCAGCGACGCGACGCCAACAAUCGACUACGCUGCCUACGAAACGUACCUCGUGAUCGCGCUCGGCGUGCACCUUGCUGUCACGGCGCUUCUGCUCUACGCGUGGUACUCGUGCGAAUCCUGCGACCCCGGCGACACGGAGACAGACAAGGCGACACCAUGGCUCGGCAUCGUCCUGAGCGGCCCGCGCUGGGAGAAGACCAAGUACUGCGCUGUGUGCCGGAAGACGAUCCCUGGCAUGGACCACCAUUGCACAUGGUUGAACACGUGCGUCGGGAAGAAGAACUAUCCGCAAUUCUUUACGAUCGCCAUCUGCGGUGUCGUUCAAUUUCUCCUGCAGUGCCUGGUGACCAUUGCGCUGCUCGCCGACUGGAUCCACUGGCAGGCCUACUAUGGCCUCUCGGCGACGCUGAGCCUUGCCCUCCAGAUUGGUCUUGGCGCGUGCGCGGUCGUAUCCGUGCCCUGCCUCAUCAUGUACUUUACACUGCUCGUGUUCCACUUGUACCUGGCGUGGCUCGGGUACGGGACGUACGACUACUACCUCAAGCAGCGCGACGCGCAGCGAGCAAAGCGCCGUCUCCAACACAGCGCGACGGUUGAGCUCACGCACAAGACGACGGUCGCGCCCGUGUAG